CAGCAAGACGUCGCUGCGGAUGGCGGUGGGCCGGAUCAAGCUGCUGCGGAAUCGCAAGGAGGUGCAGGUACGCCAGAUGCGUCGCGAGGUCGCGCAGCUCCUCGAGGCCAACCAGGACAUGACCGCGCGCAUCAGGGUUGAACAUGUCAUAAGGGAAGAAAAGUUCAUGCAAGCAUAUGACUUGAUUGAAGUAUACUGUGAACUUAUAGUAGCACGUCUGUCCAUUAUUGAUUCACAGAAGUAAGGCAACCUUUUCUUUCUAUUAUGCAAACCUAUAUUUGUUGUUCCAUGAUUUUAGUUGUAUAGUUUUGUUUCUUGAUCUGAGGUUAUAGAAGCAGCGGCGGAGCACAGCCAACAAAUGAGGUAUGGCA